AUGAAAAGUUUAAAGCAUUCGUUCGUUCUCAUCACAUCAUCGCAAGUCAUAAAAAUCGGUCAUCGCGAUUGCUCUCAAACGCGAGCCAAAAACGAUUCGCUUCAGUGGGGAGUUCAACGAUUAAAAACGAACACAAAUCAUAUGUUGCAAUCGAGCUACUCAACAAUUCAACAACCGACGAGACGUUUGGGAAAGAGGUCGGAACAAUUAGUUGGAGGGAAAGAAAUGUUAUUGAACUGCAUGUUCUGUCCUCGAUUAUGUGUUGACUUUGAAUUGCGCAGAGAACGCAGGAAGUUUUGCAUGAGUACAAUGGGAUCACAUGAAACUUCAAGCGAGGUGGAGUUGAGAGAUAAGUGUGGACAUGUCUGA